CCCUGCGCGGCAGCCCAGAGCGCCGCGCUGCGGGACGGCACCGGGCGGGUGGCAGGGCCGGAGGAGCAGACGGGUCCAGCCAUGGAUCGCGGCGGGUCCUACUCGCGGGCGGGCGGCAGCCCUCGGGGCUGCUGGUACUAUCUGCGCUACUUUUUCCUCUUCGUGUCACUCAUCCAGUUCCUCAUCAUUCUGGGGCUCGUCCUCUUCAUGGUCUACGGCAAUGUGCACGUGAGCACCGAGUCCAACCUGCAGGCCACCGAGCGCCGGGCCCAGGGCCUGUACAGCCAGGUCAUGGAGCUCACGGCCUCCCAGAACAACCUGUCCAAGGAGCUCAACCUCACCACCCGCGCCAAGGAUGCCAUCAUGCAGAUGCUGCUCAGCGCGCGCCGCGACCUGGACCGCAUCAACGCCAGCUUCCGCCAGUGCCAGGGUGACCGGGUCAUCUACGCAAACAAUCAGCUGUACGUAGCUGCGAUCAUCUUGAGUGAGAAGCAGUGCCAAGACCAUCUCAAGGAGAUGAACAAGAGUUGUGACGCGUUGCUCCUCAUGCUGGGUCAGAAAGCCAAGACGAUAGAGGUGGAGCUGGCCAAGGAGAAGGCGGUUUGCACCAAAGAUAAGGAAGGCUUGUCGCUGAGCAAGCAUGUGGUGGAGGAACAGCUGGCCGAGUGCUCGAAAGCCCAGGAGCAGCAGCGGCAGGAGCGACAGCUGGCCGAGGACCGGCUGCAAAAGGUGCAAGCCCUCUGCCUCCUGCUGGACAAGGACAAGUUUGAGACUGAUCUGCGUAACCUGUGGCGGGAUUCCAUUAUCCCACGCACACUGGACUCCCUGAGCUAUGGCCUCUACCAUCCCCUGGGCUCAGAAGUGGCCUCCAUCCGGAGAAGCUGUGACCACAUGCCCAGCCUCAUGAGCACCAAGGUGGAAGAGCUAGCCCGGAGCCUCAGGGCCGGCAUCGAGCGCGUGGCCCGUGAGAACUCAGACCUCCAACGCCAGAAGCUGGAAGCCGAGCAGGGCCUGCGGGCCAGUAAGGAGGCGAGAGAGAAGGUGGAGAAGGAGGCUCAGGCCCGAGAGGCCAAGCUCCAUGCCGAAUGUGCCCGGCAGACACAGCUGGCGCUAGAGGAGAAGGUAGCGCUGCGGAAGGAGCGGGACAACAUGGCCAAGGAGCUAGAGGAGAAGAAGAGAGAAGCAGAACAGCUCAAGAUGCAACUGGCUGUCAGCAACUCGGCCCUGGACACCUGCAUCAAGGCCAAGUCACAGCCGAUGUCAGUGCCGAGACCCAUGGGGCCUGCCCCCAACCCCCCGCCCAUCGACACAGCUGGCCUGGAGGAAUUUAAGAGGAGGAUCCUGGAGUCCCAGAGGCCCCCUGUAGGCAACCCUGCAGCCCCAUCCAGUGGCUGAGGAGGCUCCAGGCCUGAGGACUGAAAUGUGGCCCUGACUCACCCGUCUGCGAACAUGGUGCAGCAAGACGCUCACAGUGCCAGACACAGCCCCUCCUGCUGUCCCAAUGCCCUCGGACAACCUCCCUCACCACACCCUUAACACUGUCACAGCCCCGCCCCCGCACCACGUGACCCCUCACCGUAGACACAGGGAUGACAUCACACACAGACACGGCCACGUUACUUGCAGACAUAGCAAGGACAUCACCCAUGGCGGCAGUGACGUCACACAACAGGCAUGGCCGUGUUGCAGGCAGACGUAGCAAUGACACCACCCACAGACGCAGUGAUGCCGUCACGCACAGACACAGUGACAAUGUGACACAUCGGGCACCAACAUCACAUGUGCACAUUCCCCUUCACACACUUUCCGAGCAAACCUCACCAGUGUCACACCCACGCGCCAACUCGAGCCACAGAGCCCACGGCGCUACACCCAGACACCUCCCCUGCUCCGAUUUCCUUAUCUCCAGCCCCUGGCCGAGAACAGGAAGCCAUUCACCCCCGCUCCGAGAGCGAGAGCCUCAGGGGUGAGGCGGCCCACUGGCCCCACAUCCACAGCCCGCACGGGAAGCCACUCCUCCGCUUCUCUUGCACACCCAGCACUGCCUGUGCCCUGCAGAAAUGCCAGUGGCACUUAAUAAAUGUUAGCAAAUCCC